AUGGAGACGAUGCUCGUCGAGUCGCUGGCCCCGCGUGGCGACAGCGCCGCGUGUCCCCGUGGCAAGGCCUUUUACUCGUGCGUCGGCAACCGGUUCAGCGGCUGCUGCACCACGGAUCCGUGUGAUCUGUCGGGCUGUCCCGACGACGAGGCGCGUGAAGGCGGCGCCGGCGACAGGGACAACAGCAACGACAAGAGCGGCGAUGGGAGCCGGCGGCGUCCCCCCACUGACGAGAACCUCACCGCCUCCUCGACCAAGACAGACUCCGGAAUCACGCACACCAUCCCGAACCACUCCGUCGUCACCGUCACCCGCCACACCGUCGUCUUCUCCGAGGCCCCGUCGUCGACCACCUCGUCUACGACAACCCUGUCCUCGCAGGAGGCGACGCCUCUCACCUCGGACCACGCUCCAGCCACCACGGCCGUGGCUCCCGCUCCUUCAGCGACGUCGUCGACGCGCGUCGAGACGAGCGCAGCUGGCUCCACCAAGGACGGCGAGGCCGCUGGCUUUUCGUCGGGGGCGAUCGUCGGCACCGUCGCCGGCGGCAUCGUCUUGGGCGUCGUCCUCGUCGUCCUCGUCGUCGCGUGCCGGCGUCGUAAUCGCAACCGAGCCGCGUCCGAAGCCGACUCCGCAGCUGCCUUUCCGGACGGCCUGGGGGGGUCCAACGAUGCAGAGAAGCCGCAUGGGCAGCAGCAGUACCAGCCGCCAAUGUCGGCCCACACCACCGGUAGCAGCGAUCCCUUUGCCCCCUUUGGAGGCCGCGCCGACGUGCCACCGGAUCCGUACCGUCCGCCGAGCGGCACCUUCGAGAUGGACGGCGCCGGCAUGGCCCCGGUGGAGCUGCCCGCCGAGCCCGCCACGCCCUCGCAUGCCCUCGGUCCCCGGCAACCGCGGCAGACGUACCGGGCCUACGGCCCGGCCGGCGACCCUGCGACGGACCCGCGAGCCAACCUCAACUCCCUCAAGACCGACAGCGGGCACGCCGCGUACAUCAAUCACUGGGACCAGUGGAAGGCUCUCGGCGGCGGAGGGGACAAGUCGUGA